AUGGAUGCGCCGAUCAUGAUCCAGUUCUCGUCUGGAGGUUCUCAGUUCUACGCUGGAAAGGGCCUUGACAACAAGGAGUUCCACGCUGCCAUUGCCGGAGCGGUGUCGGGUGCGUACCACGUGCGUGCCGUGGCGGAGCAGUACGGCGUGCCUGUCAUCCUCCACACUGACCACUGCGCCAAGAACCUGCUUCCUUGGUUCGAUGGCCUUCUGGAAGCUGACGAGCGGUACUUCGAACUUCAUGGCGAACCUCUGUUCUCUUCGCACAUGCUGGACCUGUCCGAGGAGCCGUUGGAGGAGAACAUCGAGAUUUGUGUGAAGUACAUGGAGCGUAUGGCCAAGAUCAAUUGCGGCCUCGAGAUGGAGUUGGGGAUUACCGGAGGUGAGGAGGAUGGUGUGAACAACGAGGACGCCAAUCCGGAGGAUCUUUACUCCAAGCCUGAGGAGAUUUACCAGGUCUAUGAGGCACUGGCCAAGGUGCCAAACGGCUUCUUCACCAUCGCAGCUGCCUUCGGCAACGUCCACGGCGUCUACCAGCCUGGCAACGUGGUCCUGAAGCCUAAGAUCCUGGAAGCAGCCCAGAAGUACAUCGCCGAGAAGAUUGGCGAACCAGAGGGAAGCAAGCCUGUGAGCUUCGUCUUCCACGGUGGUUCCGGUUCAGACCUGAAGGACAUCCGCGAGGCACGCAAGUGUUAA